AUGGACGGAUUGCUUGCGAAUAGCUCAGAAGGGUCGGUCAGUCUAGUUGCAGAGUCGUAUAAGUUACCCAGAAUACUGGACGAGGAAGAAAAAGAAACAGUGCGGAGACAGACAGCAGUCAGUGAUUAUAAACGCAUGAAAGUGAAAAAUGAACUGAGGAAAAACUGGGACAAGUUUUAUCUGCGAAACAAAAAUAAUUUCUUCAAAGACAGAUGGUGGACGCAACACGAAUUCGGGCAGCUACUUAGCAGUCACAUAAAUUUAGAGGGAAACUUGCACUUCCUGGAAGUCGGUUGUGGUGUUGGCAACACAGUUUUCCCUCUUACACAGCUUUAUCCUCAUUGGACUUUUCAAGCAUUUGACUUUUCUGACAAUGCGAUCAAACUGUUAUGUGAACGUUGCGACCAGAAUAAUGUGUUUAUCAAUACUGCAGUUGCAGAUUUGACCUCUGAAAACCUUUCUUUGAACUUUCCACUAGCCGACAUAGCAUCUUUAAUUUUCGUUCUUAGCUCCAUUCCACCUGAAAAGCAACAACAAGCUAUAAAAAACUUAACCGGCUUACUCAGACCUCAGGGUAUAGUUGUUGUACGAGACUAUGGCAUAAACGAUCAUGCUAUGCUCAGAUAUGGACGAGAAUGCAAAUUAGAUGAACGAUUUUACGCAAAACAAGACGGCACUGUUGCCUACUAUUUUCAGCUAGAAGAAGUGGAUAGGCUAUUUCAACAAAAAGGUUUUCACAAAGUGACAAGCAUGUAUCUUUCACGGAAAACUGUCAACCAUCAAAAAAAUCUUUCUGUAGAUCGAGUUUUCAUACAGGCAGCUUAUAUGAAGUCUUUAUGA